AUGGAGUUAAACAAACCUGAAGUUCUGGUAUUGACCGGGAAUAUCAGCGAUAACUUCAAACGUUUCAAGCAUGAAAUACAAAUUUACUUUUUGGCUACGGAAACAACGAAGAAAUCACAUGAAAUUCAAGUUGCACGGUUGUUAAACUUAUUAGGUAGUGAUGGAAACAGGUUGUUAGAAACACUCCCUGUUGAACAUCAAAGGGUUGAUGAAAUACUGGAAGCACUAGAAAAAUAUUGCAUUCCUCGUCGAAAUGAAAUUAUGGAAAAUUUUCAAUUUUUCACGAGAAAGCAACAAGAAGGUGAAAAGUUUGAUCAGUUCUAUGCAGAUCUACGGAAGCUGGCUAAAAUAUGUGAAUUUGGCCAGCGUGAAGAGAAAUUAUUAAAAACACAAAUAGUAUUGGGUAUCACCGACAAAGAAUUACAAACUCGGUUGCUGAGGGAAGAUCCGACUCUAAACAAUGUAAUCAAACACUGUCAGCUGGUGGACCAAGCAGAAAUACAUCGUCGUAUAGUUCAAGAGGAAUCAUCAAAUGAAAUCAACGUCGUUGAACAGAAUUCAUAUCGCAGAAACACAGAACACAAACAAAACAAGAAAAAGGCUACAAAUACUGAUUGGAAGAAGAAAGAAGGUGAGCUUAGCAGACAGAAAGGUAAUAAUAAUACAUGUAAUAAAAAUGUAAAAAAAAAACAAAUUAUUAAUUGUAAUAGAUGUGGACGUAAUCAUAAUUUAAAUGAGUGUCCAGCGUUUGGACAAGAGUGUAAAGGUUGCGGGCUAUUAAAUCAUUUCGAAAUUAAAUGUAGGAAUAAAGAAAAACAUUCGGUGAAUACCAUGGUAACUAAAGAAAAUAAUUUGUCAUUAGAUACAGUAGAAAUAAAUGAGGUGAAUAAAAGUGAUAGAUGUUGGACUAAUAAAUUAAUAAUUGAGAAUAUUGAGUCUGAAGUGAAAUUGGAUACGGGUGCACAAAUAAAUGUAUUGCCAAUAAGUUUCUUCAAAAAACUUGAUAAAACAGCUCAAAAAAGUAAUAUAGUAAUCACAGCAUUUGGAGGAUUUAAAAUAAAUUCUGUGGGUAAGGUCAAGUUAUGGGUUCAAAGUCGAAACAUCAAGCAUGAGACAAAAUUUGAGAUCGUUGAUUAUAUAGGAUUGCCUAUAAUCAGUUAUAAUGAUUGUAUUAAGUUUAAAUUUAACAUACCGUCAGAAAUAAAUGUAGUAAAAUUAGAAGAUAAAGAAAAACAAGAAUUUAUACAGAGGAACAGUGAUGUAUUUGAAGGAUUAGGUAAUUUCCCAGAUAAAAUAAAUAUUAAAUUAAAUAAAGAGGCAAUUCCUAAGGCAUGUUCACCGAGGAGGGUGCCUAUUAAAAUAUAUGAUCGGGUAAAGGAAACUUUAGUUAGAAUGGAGAAAUUAAAAAUAAUUAAAAGAGCUAAAGAGCCGUGUGAAUGGCAAAGUAAUAUGGUAACUGUAGAAAAGCCAGACAAAACAUUAAGAAUUUGCAUUGAUCCCAGGGAGUUAAAUAAAUUCAUUAUUAAAGAACGUUAUCAAAUUCCUUCGUUAGAAGAACUAAAGCCUAAAUUAGCAAAUAAAAAAUGUUAUACACUGUUAGAUCUUAAAGACGGGUACCAUCAAUGUGAACUUGAUCAAAAUUCCCAAAAAUACUGUAGUUUUUCAACACCAUUUGGCACUUAUCAAUUUCUAAGACUUCCGUUUGGGUUGUCUAGUGCCCCAGAAAAAUUCCAAGAACUUAUUUAUAAGUAUUUUGGUCACAUAAAAAAUGUUGUGGUGUAUUUUGAUGACAUAUUGAUUAGUGCUACAAAUAAAGCAGAACAUGAUGAAAUUUUAAAUGAGGUCAUACAACAAGCUAGGAAGUUAAACAUAAAAUUUAAUCCUAAAAAAUUACAAUUAUGUGUAACAAAAGUAAAGUUUUUAGGAUUUAUUUUUGAUGAAAAAGGAGUUUACCCUGACCAGGAAAGAAUUCAAAGCAUACAAAAUCUAAAAGAACCAACCAAUAAAAAAGAAUUACAGUCAUUUUUGGGAAUGGUAAACUACCUUAGAGAAUUUAUUCCUAACAUGUCCGAAAUAACAGGUUCAUUGAGAUCCCUGUUAAAGAAAAAUAUAAUUUGGUCGUGGGAUACGCACUGCCAAAAUUCGUUUAGUAAAUUAAAAGAAAUCCUAAGUGCACUUCCAACUUGA